AUGAAAUGCACAUGCCAUCGGGAAUCUCCUUAUCAUGAAAAUCAAUUAUGGUCGUUACAAAAUGCGUUGAUUUACGGCUUUGAUGUAUUUAUUGAUAAAACAACUCGGAUGGCACAUUGGCCACGUGGAUUAACAUAUAGUCAUUCAUCAUUAUCACAUGCACAGCGUAUUCGAAUGACACAUUAUGCCAAGAAUGAUGUGAUGGCGGUAUCCUAUCUGGUUAGGCCCAUCAUCGAGAACUGGUCACUCGCGAAAAUCAAGGAAACAAACAUCGAAGCAAUGUUAGUCGCACUUCAACCAACAUUACCACCACCGUUACGUCAACCGUCGACAAAGAGGAAGGUUAAGAACAUCAAUGUACAAAACUUGGCAAAAAUUUUUGAAACUACCGAUUCGGAUAUUGAAACAAUACCGUCGGACGAUGAAAUAUACUUGAAUCAGUUAACCUCUCGAAUUCAAGACAACACUCAACAGGAAGACCAUCGCAGUACUGAGGGGUUAAGCCGAAAUGGCACGGGAGUCGCUGAUGAAAACGCCGAAUUCAAAUUAGCAACAGCAGUCACUAAUGAUAAGAUCGAUGAUGAUUUAGAGGAACCAACAAAUGAAGACCUUGUCGACAUUUCCGACGACGAAUUAGUUGACACCGAUUAUACAACAUACGCCUGUCGUGAAACACAGGGAACAGUUGACAUGUUUCAACUAGUUCCUGCCUCCGCGGAACAACAGCAACCACAACAAUCAAGAAAGAAACCGACACAAUCGACAACACAACCAGAGGAAAAGAAGAUACCGAUACAGACACCCGGUACGAAUACCUUUCUACUAUCGUUUUAG